AAGCACUUUUCCCAAGGCCUUCACUACCAACACUCAGCAGCUCACACUGCACAUUCUCUCCAUUCUCCCUUUUUUUUUUCUUUUUUUGAUUUCCAUUGAAAAACCAGAAAAUAAAAAUAAUAAACUUUUUUUAAUUAUUAAGAUCCAAAGAGGUUGAAUUUGGUUCUGGGUAUUUGUUUGUUCAUCAUGAACAUCUUCAAGAAGAAAACUUCUCCUAAAGAAGCUCUUAGGACCAGCAAGAGAGAGAUGGGCGUUGCUACUAGAGGAAUUGAACGUGAAAUUGCAUCGCUUCAACUUGAGGAAAAGAGAUUAGUGGCGGAGAUCAAGCAAACAGCUAAAACUGGAAAUGAGGCUGCUACUAAAAUCUUAGCACGCCAACUUGUUCGGCUACGGCAACAAAUAACUAACUUACAAGGUAGUCGUGCCCAAAUCAGAGGUGUAGCUACUCAUACACAGGCACUAUAUGCUAGCACUUCAAUUUCUACAGGAAUGAAAGGUGCUACCAAGGCAAUGGUGGCAAUGAACAAGCAAAUGGCUCCUACCAAGCAAAUUAAAGUUAUAAAAGAUUUCCAGAAGCAGUCAGCACAGCUGGACAUGACGAUUGAGAUGAUGUCAGAGGCUAUUGAUGAAACUUUAGACAAAGAUGAGGCUGAAGAGGAAACAGAGGAACUUACUAACCAGGUGCUUGAUGAGAUUGGUGUUGAUAUUGCGUCUCAGCUAUCUGCAGCUCCAAAGGGACGAAUUGCAUCAAAGGCUGCUCCUAAUGCUGUCAAAAGUUCUGAAUCUCCUGAUGUUGAGGAUCUUGAAAAAAGGUUGGCCUCCCUUCGACGCAUCUGAUCAAGAAACAAAAUUGUGGUGGUCAAACAUGUGCAGCACAAUCUUAAAUUCCAUGUAAAUUUUCUUACAGAAAGAUUCAUGCAGAAGAGAAAUUGUAUUUGUAGGAUUAUUAUGGUUACAUAUGUUCUAGUUAUAAAAAAAAUGACCAGAUUACUAUAUUUAGUACGAUAAUUAGUAUAAAUGAGAAAAGUAUUUCAAA